GUUCACAUAUAUAUCUCCCAGAGAUCCCCAAGUGAGCGCCUCAUUACUUUGGUGUACACAGCACUUGCAAACCAACAAGCAACUCUCACCUCACUUCCUUGAAAAGAAGUCCAUCUCCCUAUCACCUUCAUGCCCAGUAUUCUUCGGACUCCCAUCCACAAACAACCAGCCAUGUCUCGUCAGAGCUACUCAUAUUCGGCACCCACGCCGUCAAGAAAUAUCACUGCCCACGGCACCUCCAGUGCCUUUAGCAGUUCCGCAAACCCAGAUGAAGAUUGGACCAAGAUCUCCGACCUUGCUGAACGCCGACGAAUUCAGAACCGCAUUGCCCAACGUAACUACCGUGAGUAGUCCAGUCGGAUCUUGGGAGAAACGAGUAACUAAUCUUCGUAUAGGCAAGAAGCUAAAGCGUCGUCUUGAAGACCUCGAGAGACGAGCAGGCUCCUCUUCAGCCUCACCACCACAAGUACAUGUUGAGCUCCAUCAAUCAGAUCGCCAUGAGCAACAAUGGACCAAGAGAAGCCCAGAGACCGUCCACCGACAAUCUCCACCCAGACUUCUUCACAGCCAACAAUACACCCCACCAAUGCAUCACGACGAAGAGUUGAUGUUUGGACAUGGGUUUGAGCGGGAAGGUUCGAGAACACCACCUCUUUUCGCAUACCACACAUACCCGGCUCCCGAGGAUAUGUCAUAUCCACCAUACCCUCAAUCGCAGCCAUACCGACCAGUCUCCACUGGAGCAGAAUAUAACAACUAUCUCGAGCCAGUCACUCUACCUUCCAUGAUGCACUUCCACGAGUCAAUCAAGCGCGAAAACGACGAUACCAUGGCACCUUUCAACUUGAGCUACCAAGGUCUUCCAGCUAUUGAUAUUCAAGGCUCUCACGGCUAUGAUGAUUCCAAUCCUCAUGUAUGUAGCCCCCAAGAAAUUCGGCAUUUUCCUCUGUGAAUGUUUACUGAUUCAUUCCAGACUCCUCCAUUGUCACAUUCAUAUGAUCACUCAACCACAUGUUCCGAGUCGGGCUAUCAGUACCCCACCACACCACUUUCGAUGCCUCCGUCUCCACGACUCUUGAACCAGAUAUGAGUUUGAAAUUGGGACUGGAGUAUCGUUUGUUUGGGAUCAAGGUGUACGGAAAUCAGAGUCCGAAGUGCUCGGCUCAUUCUUUAGAGAUAUGUUCUCAUGAAAUAUGACUGGGGAAGAUGGGAAAGACGGGCAGGAAGCAUGGGAAAUUGGUAGUCUGGUGUUCUGUUCUUCUUGGGAAAGCAUGGGUUUGAUUUUUCUUUCAAGGACUGUUAUACUGUAAAUACCCCUCGCUACCAAACA